AUGGCAGACUUUUACAUUCGGUCGGCGACGGCACUGGAUCGCGUGUUGCGCGACGAGUGUUCGGUCAAGGCGGCAGCCUCGGUGCAUGCCGACUCGGGUCGUGUGCUGGCGCUGCUCAUCAAUGCGUUGGCGUACCGUUCGGCGCUUCUAGCUGCGCUCGACGCAGCCAGGGUGCUCAAGCUCGAAGCCAAGGUGUUCACCAUCCUUGCUCCGCCACCAAAGAGCAAGAACGACAAGCCCAAGCAGAAGCCGGUCAAGAAAGAGCUCAAGGAGGUUGCGUCUGCCGAGGCGAUGUGUUUGGUGCUCUGUCACGAUCUGCUCUUCCAGUCGCGCGGGAUUCAAGCCAACAAGACAUGGCCGCCCAAGGUCGCCCUGGAAAAGUACCGGUCCUCGCUGCAUUCGGCGCUGGUCAAGAUGCAGAUCCGACAGGGCAAAGCGAGGAUCCAGGAUCUGCGGUCGGGUGCGCUGUACCACGAGAUGACGGCACGAAUGCCAAGGUGGAUCCGCAUCAACACUCUGCGUGCCACGCGCGACGAGGUGCUCGCCUGGUUGGCCGAACACAGCUAUGCCCAGGUCGAGGCGGAUGAGAUCGGUGGGGUCAAGGAGUUUGCGGUGUCGAAGCACGUGCAGGGCUUGUUGGCGUUCCAUCCCAAGGCGACCAGUGCAUUGUUGCAGACGGAGAUGUACCGCGACAACUGGAUCGUCAUGCAGGAUCUAGCGUCGUGCUUUCCGGCGUACAUUCUCGAUCCGCCGGCAGACGCACAGGUGGUGGAUGCAACCAGCGCACCCGGCAACAAGACCUCGCAUCUAUCCGCCAUAAUGUUCGCCAAGUCUUCGCGACGAAUCGGUCAGAGCGAGGGCAGGGUGGUUGCAUUCGAACGCGAUGCUCUCCGAUACAAGACACUCGUCAAGCGUCUAGCUGCCGUAGGAGCCCUGGCCAAAGAUGCAACUACGGGAAACGUGAUUCCCGAACGCAGGGACUUUCUCACCACCAAUCCGGCCGACUUUGGCGAUGUGACGCACAUGCUGCUGGAUCCGAGCUGCAGCGGAAGCGGAAUCGUUAACCGGCUCGACUUUCUCAAAGAAGACGACGACGUCGACGAGCUCGAAGAUACCGUCGCUGCCGAGACGGGCGAGACUAAGUUGCAGCGUAGACUGCGGCAGCUGGGCGAGUUUCAGCUGCUCAUGAUCCGGCAUGCGUUCAAAUUCCCCGGGCUGCGCAAGGUGGUCUACUCGACCUGCUCUGUGCACGCGCAGGAGAACGAAGCCGUCGUCAUCCGUGCUCUGCACUCCGAAGAGGCCGACAAGUUCGGCUGGAGAUUGGCACCCCGCUCAGAGGUCAUUCCUACCUGGCCCGUCAGGGGCGAUCCCGAUGCGUGCGGCAAAGAGCAAGGUGUGGCGGAGAGCGUCAUCAGGUGCAUUCCGGGAGGCAAGGGAGAGGGGGACAAGCCACACGUAGAGGCGUGCAAUGGCUUCUUUGUAGCCUGCUUCGUCAAGCAUGCGCCGACAAAGAGACCACUGGAAGAAGAGCAAGAUACACCGACGGGCAACUCGGCCAACCGCAAGAAAAAGCUGCAGAAACGACGCCAGAAACAGCGCCUGGCACAACAAGCCUAG